AAGUCUCUGCUGAAUGAAAAACCUCGAACCACGUCCGUUUGUGCCUAUACACCUUUGUUGUCAUGGUUAUUGAUAUUAUACCAUCGAAGUACUACAUGAACUUCUCUUAGACCACGAAAAUAGUGUAAAAACCAUGAAGAAUCCUGAAAGACUUGUCUCAAACAUCAGUCUGCUGUGAAUAAUCAUUUGACUGUUGUCUUCUGAUGUAAACUGCAGCAUCAUCUAAUGACUCUGUUGAUGACAGUGGCGUAGUAGCUGAUUCAAAAUGAACUCAUUAAAUAGGGCAAUUACUUCACCAUUCUCAAUAUUUAGGAAAAGAUCUGAUCCACUCCAACUCAAUCCUGAAGCUAUGCCAGCAAUGUUAGAUGUUGAAGAGGAAGAAGAUGGAUUCACCAUAGUUGGUCAAUCUUGGAGUGAGAGGAACACAUUGUACCCCCCACCAGCAGUACCACCACCUCCCUCAUAUCAACAGGUAUCUGGAUAUUGUCUUCCCGAGUACAAGGAUGUUAGUAGGAGCUGGUCAGAGCCUCCAGCUUCCACAGAUGGUCCGUUACAACAAACUCCAAACAGACUCAUUAGCCAAGACAUCAACACAGACUAUAGUCAACCUCAUGUUACCAACUGCAGCUCAAAUCAUCCUUACCUACAUGAUGUGCCAUUCAAACUCUCCUCACGCAUUCACACCCUUAAUACUGAGGACACCUUCUAUAGGGAUUAUGUACCCCAUUUAGACUUGUCAGAACUGACAUAUGAUUUCUCUGUUGAGCAUCAAAUGUUAGUAUCCCAUGCCUUAUUGAAACAAUGUUGCAGUGAAGAGAAUGAUAUUGCAUGUGAUGAUAGCAGCGACCAUUUCCAAGAGGAGCAUUUAAUUCAGCAAUUUGGCCAGCAAGCAGUUGUCGCACAGGAGAUGUUUGAUUUGAUAGGAAUGGACUCAAGAGGUAACCAGUGCUCAGGUGUUCAAGACCUAAUAUCAUUUUGACUGUCAUCACAAAUCACUGGAUGUCAAUAAUGAUUAAACGCUCUGCACAGUGUCACCAAUUUACUUUAGGAAAUGGAAAAGGAUCACCUUAUCUCAAGCUAUCAUCUCUGAGACUAUUAAAUAUAGAUAAGUUGCAAUAGACGCCAUCUUUACGGGCAAAUUGCAUUUUGGCUUGCAGACGCGUCAAGUGCUCAGUUUAUAACACUGUUUAAAAUUGCCCGUAAAGAUGGCCGAUUUACAUUAUGUGGGAACUAUCUAUUAGGUUUGUCUUCUUCUACAACCAGUUCAAUUAAAGUUUGGUUUCAUUGCAGCUUGCUGUCUGUUUCUUCCUCCACUGCUGUACUAAUCUAAAACAUCGGUGCUUUUGGAUAUUUUACAUAUAAGGCGUCAUGUAAAUAAGGGAAUAUUGACUAGUUCUUUCACGGCCAUUUAAAACAGGCAGGGUCAAAUUGCCAUGUGAUAAAAGCCUUUGCC